GGAACAGAGGAGGAGAGAAGAGGAGCUGAUGGAGAAGUUGAGGAAGGAAAUGAAGGAAGAGGAGCUGGAGAAAGAGGCAGAGGAGUCCAAGCUGCCUGUCAGGAGAAGGCACAGCAUUGAAGGCUUACCCCCCAAGAUGUCUGAAAGCAAAGUGGAGAACGAAUCAGAGGGAUCCAAGCUGCCUGUCAAGAGAAGAAACAGCAAGGAGAUCAACCCCCCCGAGAUGUCUGGAGGUGAAGGAGAGGCUCCCCUUGCAGAUAACCAAGCGCCUCCCAGCCCCCCUGAGCUGAGGAUGGUGCUGCUUGGGAAGACUGGGGCUGGGAAGAGUGCAGCAGGAAACACCAUCCUGGGCAGAGAGGAGUUCAGAUCUGAAGCCAGCUCCUCUGCAGUAACGAGGGAGUGUGAGAAGAGAAAAGGACAAGUGGCUGGGAGACCUGUUGCUGUGAUCGACACUCCAGAGCUCUCUCAGGACAAACUCCAGAUUAGGAGCUGUGUCUCUCUGUCUGCCCCGGGACCCCACGCUUUCCUCCUGGUGAUACCGGUGGGCCGAUUCCCAGAGGAAGAGAGGAGAGCAGUGGAGACAGUCCAGGAGAUAUUCAGUGAGGAGGCUGUGAGGAGCUACACGAUGCUGCUUUUCACACACGGUGACAAACUGAAAGGCAAGACCAUUGAGGAUUAUAUUCAGAGAGGCAGCAAGGAGCUCCAGCAGCUUGUUGAGAAAUGUGGGAACAGGUACCAUGUUCUCAACAAUGAGGACAGGAGCGAUCGCACUCAGGUCACACAGCUCCUGGACAAGAUAGACAACAUGGUGAAGGGAAACAACGGCAGCUACUACACCAGUGAGAUGUACCAGCAAGCAGAAGCAAAGAUCAGACAAAGACAAGAGGAGAUACUGAAGGAGAAGGAAGAGACAAUACUGAGGGAGGAAGAGGAGCUGAGGGCAAAGCACCUGAAAGAACUGGAGAACACAGAAAUGAAGAUGAGAUUGGAAAUCCAGAAAAGAGACGAGAAGAUCAGAGAGCUGGAGGAGAGGAUCAGAGAGCUGGAGGAAGAGCUGAGGAAAGAACAGGGAGAGAAUCACAGGAUCAAACUGGAGGAAGAACUGAGGAGAAAGAGAGAGGAGAGAGAAAGGGCGGAGCGAGAGAAGGAGGAUUGCAUGGAGAAGGGGGAGAGAGAGAGGGGAGAGUACGAGGAGAAACACAGGAGAGAGAUAGAGGCGGUCAGGCAGCGAUACGAGGAAAUCAUCAGACCAAAAGCAGAGAGAUUCAAUGAGUUUAUCAGCACGUAUGAAAAGCCCGCUGAAGCGAGAGGAGAAAGGGCAGCACUAGGGGCAGUGAUGAGUGCAGUAGCAGCAGCACUGAGAGGAGGAGCUGAGGCAGGGGCAGUAUUACACACAGUAUCCAGAGCAAUAAGAGAAGAGACAGCGCUAGGGGCAGUAAUGCACGCUGCAAAGGAAGCAAUAAGAGAAGGAGCAGCUCAAAGGGCAGUGAUCAGUACAGUAGCAGCAGCGCUGAGAGAAGAAGCUGCGAUCGGGACAGUAUUGCACACAGUAGCAGAGGCAAUAGAGGCAGCACCACAGGAACCCAGUCAAGAGCAGUGAGACAGGGGGUGGUGCUAUUGAACAGGGGGUGGUGUUAUUGAAC